AGAGAUUUUGUAUUGCUGGCUUGAGUGCAUCACUGUUCUUUGGUGAUCAUAGAGAGAGAUAAUAUAAAUGGCUGAAUUAGCUUUGACUGGGACUUUAUUUCUGGCUGAUACUCUGUUAGCCUUUCUCAACCAGAGAGACGGCCAUGAAAAUGUUCAUGUUGAAGUUGGAAAGCUUGCAAAUUGGCUGAAGUUGAUGAAAUCAUAUAUAACCGAUGAACAGCCAAAUGAAUCUCAACAAGUUGCCAAAGAUCUCGUGAAGCAAGCUCGAGACGUGGCUUAUGACAUCGAAGAUAUUCUCGACGAAUACAUGCUUCGUCUGUCGCGUGCUGAAUACCAUAGCUAUGCGGUUACAACUUUUGCAUCCAAGAUUUUCCAUUAUCCAGCGGACAAGAGAGCUCUCGGGACCCUGUCGGACAAUAUGAAAACUGUCGAAAGCAAAAUCGAGCAACUUUCAAAAGGACGGGCGCUUCUACGUCCUGGUAAUAGUACUUCUGAUGCUGUCUCAGAAGCAGGUUCAAGCUCUGGCUUCAGACAUGAAGCUUUUGCGAAUCUUGCAGCAGAUGAAAUUGUGGGUUAUGAGGAGCAGAGAAAUUUGCUUCUUGAUCUCGUAACAGGACGAGAUACGAGGCGUAUUACAGUUGCAGUGGUUGGUGCUGCUGGAUCCGGCAAAUCUUUGCUUGUCAAAAAUAUUUAUGACAGUAGAGAAGUUCAACAACAGUUUGAUUGUGUUGCUUGGGUUCAUGUGCCUCAACCCUUUAGACUUGAUGAUCUGUUGCAGCAAAUCCUGCACAAUGAUCUGAAGCACAAAAGAUAUCUUGUAGUUCUUGAUGAUAUUUGGAGGCAAGAUGAUUUGGACAAGAUUAUCUCUGCUUUACCUUACGCUGUCGAUGGCUGCAGGAUAAUUUUUACGAGCCAGAUUACGGGUUCUUGUGGUCGGUUAUCCAAUCACGUCAUUGAAUUGAACGGAUUGUCAUCAAUGGAUUCUUUGAAGCUUUUCUGUAAGAAGGCUUUUGGAACUAGAGAAUGUCCUGAUGAGCUUGUGAAAUUGUCUCAGAAUAUUGUGACGAGAUGCGAAGGCCUGCCCUUUGCGAUUGCCAAUCUGGGGAGUUUACUGUCAAGGAAGAAUCAGAAUCAAAUCGAGUGGAUGAAAUUACACGGUAGCCUUGCGUCCGAAAUUGGAUCCAACUCUCAACUCUCCAUUAUCAGCAGAUUCUUAAUGCCAAGCUUCAGAGAUCUUUCGAGCACUAUCAAGAGUUGUUUCUUGUACUUCAGUCUUUUUCCCGAAGAUUGCUCCGUCAAGCGAGGAAGGCUAAUUCGCGCAUGGGUUGCUGAAGGAUUUGUGAAGAAAACAGGAAGCAGGACAGCAGAAGAGGUUGCUGAGGAUUGCUUGAAUGAGCUUGUCCAAAGGAAUUUGAUUUCUGUUAGCCAACUGGAGAUCGACGGACGGAUCAGAAGCUGUAGAAUUCUGAACCUCGUUCGUGGGUUUAUCGUUUCAAAAGCUGAGGAGUACAACUUUGCAAAAUUCUUAUGCCACUCAGAUAUCACUUAUCCUUGCGAAAAAAUCCGACGCCUAUCUGUUCAGGAUGCUAGCACCGACUUUGCCGCAAGCGUAAAUUUGGGUAAUGUCCGAACUUCAUUUCUGUUUCAGCAUAAAGACAUCACUCCCUCCAUAAUAAAACAGAUGCUUGAUAAAUUCAGAUUGUUAAGGGUUCUAGACUUGCAAAAUGCACCUUUGGAGGAUUUUCCUGAUGAAAUUAUUGCUCUCAGACUAUUAAAAUAUUUAAGCCUGAGCCAUACAAAUAUUAGGAAAAUCCCAAAAUCCAUAAGGAAGCUUGUAUUGCUGGAAACCCUGGAUCUAAAGCAAACUCGUGUAACCGUGUUACCGUUCGAGAUCCUUAAACUUCCAAACCUGCAUCAUCUGUUAGCGUAUCGUUACGACGUAAAGAACUAUGUCACCUUUGAAAGCGUCCAAGGAGUGGAGUUUCCUGUUGGAAUUGGAAAACUAUGUGCUCUGCAGAAGUUGUCAUUGAUAAAAAUGAACGGAAAUCGCGGAUUUGCUAAAAGCUUGGGAAAUCUGAUCGGACUCAGGAAGCUCGGUCUUACGGGUCUAAGACGAGAAGAUGGAAAGGAAUUGUGCAGAUCGAUUCUGAAAAUGGAGAAACUCUCGACCCUCAAUUUGACAGCAAUAACGGAAGACGAAUAUCUUGAUAUCGACUACAUGCAGUAUCCUCCAUCCUGUCUGCGACAUCUGCAUCUAAAAGGCCGCCUACAUAAGUCUCCAGAGUGGAUUUCCAUGCUUCACAACGUUGUCAGAAUCACCCUGAAGUGGUCGAAAUUGAAUGCGGAUGAAAAUCCUGUCGAAGCCCUCCAAUCUUUGUCAAGUCUGACAGAGCUUCAUCUGGUUGACUGCUAUAAUGGCGACAAGUUCGAAUUCAAAGCGGACAAGUUCAGGAAACUAAAGGUGUUGCAUAUUGAGAAGUUUGAUGAGCUAAACAUGAUUACAAUAGAAACAAAAGCAAUGCCUAUGCUUGAAAAGCUAACCUUUUGCAGGUGCAACAAUCUGAAGAUGCUUCCAUUAGGAAUCUUCAAUCUCUGUCAUCUUCAACAACUACUUCUGUAUAGUAUGCACACCGAGUUCAUUGACAAACUUCAGAAGCACUCCGAAGAUCGUUGGAUGGUUGACCAUAUCAGAAUCAUCCAUUCUUUCACUCUUCAAAAUAACCAAUAUUGGUCACUCCAAAAAAUUUCUUGAGGUGGGCGAAAUGGAAAUGCUGAAACGGUAAAUGCAAACACGAGGAAUGGGCGAAAUAAUUUUUUUUUAUAAAAGUUAUAAAAAUAUAGGUUUCUGAAGUUUUAAAAGUAUAGUUUUCUUGCAAUAUAAGUAAUUAUUUCUUCUUUAAAAGUAUGCCAAUGUAAUUGUUUAAAUUGUUGUUUUUUGGUGUUGUAAGAGCAUCCUCCUUCAGUUUUUACAGUUUGAAACUAUUUGAAAUUAAUAAAAGAAUUAUGUGUGUAAACAAAACUUACAAGAAUGGUCAAUUUCAGAAAAUAACAAGCUAGUAAAGAUCUCACUAUAGUCUAUAUUAUAAAAUUUAAAUUUGCUGCAAGCUUCACAGUUACUCGACAAAGUUGUGCAGUAGUCAGCAAUUGAA